AUCACCAACCGAGAAAAAGCAAAAGAAGAAAAAAUUAGAAACAAAGAAAACCCUAUUCAGUCUUCAUUCCCAUCUCAUAUCUCAGAAGUGUCUCUUUGGUUACUUCGAUCAUUUCCCAUAUUUGAUAUUUCCUUCUUUCCCACGAGCGAAUCAUGUCAGUCAUCGGAGAGGUUGCUUUAUCCGCUUUGUUUGAGGCGCUGUUUGACAGGCUAGCCUCCUCUGAUUUGCUGAAGAUCUUUCAGCAAGAGCAAGUUCAUGCUGACCUCAACAACUGGAAGAAAUUGCUAAUGAAAAUCCGUGCAGUUUUGGAGGACGCAGAAGAGAAGCGGGAGACAAACAGUUUGGUGAAGAUCUGGCUGGAGGAGCUGGAAGACUUGGCUUAUGAUGCGGACGACAUCUUGGAUGAGUCUGCUACUGAAGUUUUGCGACGUAAGUUAAUUGCAGAACCCAGCACAAGUAGGGUACGGAAGUUCAUCCCAGCUUGUUGUGUGGGUUUCAAUCCAAGUUGUAUCAUGUUUGAUGCCAAUAUGCGGUCCAGGAUUGCAGAUAUUGACUCAAGACUACAAAGAAUUGUGACUGAAAAGAAUGGUUUGGGUUUGAUAGGAAGCACUGGGGGAAGGACUGGGACAGAAAGAUCAAGGGUGCCCACUACUUCUCUGGUGAACGAAGACCAUGCUUAUGGCAGAGAUGAGGACAAAAAGGCUAUCAUCAAGUUAUUGGUGAGUAGUGAAUUUAGUGAUGCUAAACUCUCUGUGAUUCCCAUAGUUGGUAUGGGAGGUCUGGGUAAGACAACUCUUGCCCAACUAGUGUACAACGACGAUGAUGUCAACAGUUAUUUUGAUUUGAAAGCAUGGGUUUGUGUUUCUGAUGAUUUUGAUAUUGUAAGGUUGACAAAAGUGAUUCUAAAAUCUGUCACUUGUGAGCACUGCGAUGAUAAUGAUUUAAACUUAAUACAAGUUAAAUUGAAGGAGAAAUUAAAUGGCAAGAAGUUUUUGCUCAUUCUAGAUGAUGUUUGGAACAAAGACUACGAUGAUUGGACUAAACUACGUUGUCCGUUUGAAUUUGGGGCUCUAGGAAGCACAAUUAUUGUCACCACUCGGGAUCAUGGUGUGUCAGCAACAAUGGGAACUGCUCAACCUUACGACUUGAAAGUGCUAUCAAAUGAUGCCUGUUGGAGUCUAUUUAUCCAACAUGCACGAGGGUCAACAGAUUCUGUUGUGCAUCCAGAACUUGAAGAAAUUCGUAGUAAAAUUUUAGACAAGUGCAAGGGGUCACCUUUGGCAGCAAAAGUACUUGGAGGCGCUUUACGUAGUAAUCGCAAUCCUAAAGAAUUGAAAAAUGUGUUAAGUAGUAAGAUUUGGGAAAAAAAUGGUAUUAUUCCCGUUCUUGAAUUGAGCUACCAAUACCUCCCUUCACAUUUAAAGAGGUGUUUUGGGUAUUGUUCACUAUUCCCAAAAGAUUAUGAAUUUGAGGUGAAGGAGCUUGUCUUGUUAUGGAUGGCAGAAGGUUUGGUUCAAGAAAUAGAAAGAAACAAGUUGAUGGAAGAUCUUGGUGUUGAAUAUUUUCAUGAUCUACUCAUGAGAUCAUUCUUUCAACAAUCAAGUAAUAAUGAAUCACUCUUUGUCAUGCAUGAUCUCAUCCAUGAUCUGGCUGAAUGGGCAGCAAGAGGCUUGUGCUAUAGAAUGGAAGAUAAAUUGGGUGGUAAUAAGCAAUCUGAGAUUUCUACAAAGGUACGACAUUUCUCUUACACUCAAUGUUAUUGUGAUGGCAUCAAAAAGUUUGAAAACCUCCGCAAAGAUAUGCAUCUACGAACAUUCCUACCCCUACUAGGAGAGGCCCAAAUCUACUUAACAAACUAUGGAGAGGCCCAAAGCUACUUAACAAACUAUGUUCCUAAUUGUAUAUUGCCACAAUUAAGAUGCUUAAGAGUAUUAUCUUUACAUGGAUAUGUAAUCUUUGAGCUACCAAGCUCAAUCGGUAAUUUGAAACAUCUAAGAUAUCUCAGCCUUUCUAAUACUCCAAUUAGAAGUUUACCAGAAUCAACAAGUUCUCUAUACAAUUUGCAAACAUUGAUGUUGAAAGGUUGUCACAAACUUACAAAGUUACCGGAGAAAAUUAGGGAUCUAGUUAAUCUUCGGUAUCUCAACAUUAGAAAUGCCAAUUUAAUUAGAGAAAUGCCGGUGGGAAUAGAAAAAUUAAAGAACCUACAUACGCUAUCCAAUUUUGUUGUGGGGAAAGAUAAUGGAUCCAAGAUAGGAGACUUGAUGAACUUGGAGUUUCUUCGGGGAAGACUUUGCAUUUCAAGUUUGGAGAAUCUGCUUGAUGUUGAGGAUGCAAGAAGGGCCAAUUUAAAUGGUAAGAAGAAUUUAGAUGCACUAGAGAUCAAAUGGGGGACACCUAGUGAUUUACAAGAUGCAAGCAUUGCGAAAGAUGUUCUUGACAUGCUACGACCUUGGACAACGGUGAAAGAACUUUCAAUUGAUGGCUAUAUUGGUGUGCAAUUCCCAACAUGGUUGGGAGACCAUUCAUUUUCUCAUAUUGAGGACCUAAAGAUUGUCGGAUGUAAACAAUGCAUAUCCUUACCUGCUAUUGGACAUCUAUCCUCCCUCAAAUUCCUUGUCAUUAAGAGUAUGCCUAUGGUGCAGAUCAUUGGUCCUGAGUUUUAUGGGGAAGGUUGGUUGAAACCUUUUCAAUUAUUAGAAAAACUUCACUUUGAGGAUAUGCAAGAAUGGCAAGAUUGGAUUCCUUGUGGAGUUGAGUAUGGAGAAUUCCCUUGCUUGCGUGAGCUUUUUAUCUCUCAUUGCCCCAAAUUGCAAGGGGAAUUGCCACGCCAUCUCCCAUCAUUGGAAAAAUUUUCUAUUAGUAAUUGUGAGCAAUUGGUUGUUUCAAUUCCAAGCCUUCCAAUGCUCCAUGAAUUAGAAAUUGUGGGGUGCAAAGAGGUGGUGAGCAAUAAUAUAGAAGAGUUAUGCUUGCUGGAGUCGAUUACUUUUUCUAUUCCAGGUCUUAAAAGCUUAUCAAAGGAGUUCAUGGAAGGGUUAGCAAAGGUAAAAGAUCUAAAUAUAUAUAAUUGUAAUGAGCUAACAUCUUUGUGGCAAGAUAGUCUCAUUUCCCUUGUUAGGCUGGAAAUCAAGUCGUGCCCAAGUCUCAUCAACAUCAGCUUGACGUCAACAUUAAAGACAUUGAAUAUUAAUGGUUGUUGUGCUUUAAAAUCCCUACCAAUGUCCAAUUGUACAUGCCUGGAAUAUGCAACUAUUGAGGAAUGUAGUUCUUUGAUGUUCAUUUCAAAACGCCAGCUACCUCCAACUUUGAAAAGUCUAGAGAUAAAUAAUUGCGAGAAUUUGCAAUUUUUGAUAGACGAGGGAGAGGCUUCUUCUUUAUUAUUGAAAGAGGAGAGUAUUAACAGUAAUGCAUCUCUUCUCGAGCACUUGGCUAUUAGAAGUUGUCCAUCUCUGAAAUGUGUACUAUUAAGAGGUGACCUAUUUGUGAAGCUUAAAGUCCUUGAGAUUCGGAAUUGCUCAGAGCUGACAUCAUUAUCAUCAAGUAACCAGUUACCUAUUGCCCUUAAAAAACUUGAAGUAGAUGAUUGCCCAAAGUUAGAGUCACUGGCGGACAACUUACACAAUAUCGCGUCUCUUGAACGUCUUGGAAUCCGUAAUUGUAAAGAGAUUAAAUUCUUACCGGAGGGCCUACACAAACUCUGCCACUUGAAUGACAUAAGCAUAUUCAACUGUUGUAGUCUUGUUUCAUUUCCGGAUGGAGGGUUUCUCCCCACUCACCUGACAAAUCUUUCGAUCUGGCGCUGUGAGAAACUAGAGGCCUUGCCCCGCAUGCAUAUGGUCACUACUCUUCAUAUAUAUAAAUGUCCAAGCAUAGUAUCCUUACCAGAAGAGGGCUUGCCGACAAACCUAAAGGAACUUUGGUUGGGAGGGAUGAAUAACUGUAAGCAAGUAUUUGAAUGGGGAUUACACAGACUCUCGUCUCUUACACGUCUCACCAUUUUUGGUGAUGAAUUUGAGGAUUGGCAGUCGUUUCCUGAGGAGGAAGAUGGGAAGAUGAUUCUACCUACCUCUCUAACCUACCUGUGGAUUGAAGAUUUUCCAGAUAUAGUGUUCCUAUCCUCCAAGGUAUUUCAAAACCUCUCUUCACUUGAACAACUGUGCAUCUGGGAUUGCCCUAAACUCGCAUCCCUCCCAGAGAACGGCCUGCCUCCCUCUCUUCUGCAACUACAAAUUUAUGGACGUCCAGUGCUGAAACAACACUGCAAGAAAGGAAAAGGGCAAGAGUGGUUGAAGAAUAUCCCUUGCGUUGAGAUUGGGGGGAGAUCCAUCUACGAGCUGCAGGAGGAGGAGCAGCAAUAAUUGUGUAAAACAGAGAGAGCAAAACGUACAGAGAUAUACAUAUUUACUCCCUCAAGUGUUGCAGCAGAGGCUAUCUUCUCAACUCCAAAAAAUUCUUCUCAAAUUCCUAAAAUUUGGAGGUUAUAUAUCGUGUUGUGGAACAUGUUUAUCUGUGGGCAUGUACGGAAUGGAGGGAUGGCUUUUUAAUACUAUGCCUGAGUGGCUGAGUCAAAUGUUAUUUUAACUAGAGAUCAUGCCUUGGCCUUGAAUAGAUGAUAGAAGCAUUGUCACCUAUGUUCUACAGAUGGGCAGCCACUCUCAGGUUUUUUUUUUGGUUAAUAACUCUUUGGGCAAUUUGGAAAUGCAAGAGUGAGGGCAUGCUUGAAGGGAAGGCUGUCAAUGCUUUUCAAGCUGUUAACUACUGCAAGCACGUGGUCAUGAUCUGUCAAGAAGAAGCAGUGCCUGUGAAUCAUUUUUUAAGAAGUUUUAUACCUCCUGUUUGCAAUUGGACACAAUUUGUUGAUUGUUGAGAACGGCAAGAGCUGAUUUCAGUGGAAGUUUUCUGGUGAGGUGCAAGCUUUCUGUGCAAAGAUUGAAUGGGGAACCAAAUUGCAAAAGGCUGUUUUUGUUGGAUGUCUAGUCCUUAGACAAUUUGUGAGGCUUUAUCCUUUGUACUUAUGAAAGGCAUGGUGGCUGAAUUUUUACUUACUAGAAGGUCUGAGGCUUGUAGCCUUUGUUAUGGAAAGCAAAUGCCAAGCUGAGAGAUAUAAGCUGUUAAGAAAGACAUUGCUUGAUCUGCUGCGUUUGCGAUUUUCGGCUUUAUUAUUGAUGGUUGGAUGCAAAGUGCGCCAGUCAUCCAGCAUUAGAUUGUCUUAUUGGAUUCUUGCAAAGAUGGUCACAUUAGCUAAAUUCUGGCAUCAGCUAUUGAAUGAAAUGAAGCAGCGUAUAUGUAAGGAUACAUCCCCCAACACAAGGUUCUAUAUCGUGCUGUGGAACAUGUUUAUCAGUGGGUAUGUAUGGAAUGGAGGAUGGCUUUUCAAUACUACGCCUGACUGGAAUGUUCUUACCGUUAGAUCUGAAUUUUUGGAAUCAAAUUCUAUUAAUAAUUGGCUCUCUAUUUGUGUGGGAUGGAGUGAGAGCAUGCUUGAAGGGAAGGCUGUUAAUGCUUCUCAAGCUUUUAACUACUGCAAGCACUUGGUCACUUGGUCAGGAUCUGUACUUGCAAUCUGUUGUAAACCUCCUGUUUACAAUUGUAAACAAUCUGUUGAUUCUCGAGAAUGACAAGUGCUGAUUUCAGUGGAUGUAAAUACCAAAAGAGAAUGAUGCUAUUAUGGUUCAAGCUUUCUAUUCAAUGAUUGAAUGGGGAACUAAAUUGCAAUUGGCUGUUAUGGUUGGGUGGCUUAGUUGAAAUCCAUAAUCCUUUAUCAGACAAUUUGUGAAGCCUUGUCCUUUGUAUUUUGAAAGGCAAGGUGACUGCAUGCGUACUUAACGGUAGCUCUUUGGUUUGCAGCCCUUGUUAAGUAAAGCAAAUACCAAGCUGGGAGGUACAAGCUGUUAAGAAAGACAUUGCUUAAUGUACUGCAUUCACGAUUUUCUAAGCUCUCAGUUUGCUAAUUCUUCAGUUUCUGGUUUGAUGCACAUAGCCUGGCCCUCUUCUUAUGCAACUUUUAUGUUAAACAUCCCUGUUUUAUGAUUGAUGGUAGUAUGCAAAGUGGGCCAGUAAUUCCGCAUUGGAUUGAUUUAUUGAAUUCUUGCAAAGAUGGUCGCAUUAGAUAAAUUCUGGCAUCAGGUAGUAAAAACUUUUGUCUUGGUUUCUUAUCUUUGUUAAGUGUGAAGGUCAACUGAAAUACAAAAGCUAAUCAGUAAGGAAGACACAUUGACUAAAUUAUGCUAUUUGGGAGGGACUUUGUUGCAGAUAUUGAAUGAAACGAAGCAGCCUUUUUGUAAGAACUACAUCUUCCAACAGAAGGGAAGUUUUACAUUGGUUGUGUGAUCUAAAGGAGGCUAACCAGCUAUUGUAGAUAUUCUAAACCAUUGAAAACAUGGAAAUAGUGAAGCACUUCCAUUCAUUUUGCAAUUCUGGCAUCUGCAAUUCCUAUAAGAAUAUUUUGGUAGCAAAACACCAUAAUGCCAAAAUCCUGUCUGUCUUCUAUGAAUAUCCUGCCCCAGUUCUGAGGAUCAUAAACUACCAAUCCAGCUUGACCUGCUUGUAAAUUGUAAUAUCUAUCCCUUUAAGCAUGUAUAUUAAUGAGGAGGCGUAUUAGGCUUACUUUACAGCUUCAGAUUGUGGUAAUGAUGGAACUUGUAGUCUUUGACUCAAACUAUUCAGUGGUGAAAACUCUUACUACUUGAGAGAUGUAUUCUAAUGUUGCUGCUUGCUAAAUGUAUUAUGACUUUGUUAUUACAGCAGUGGAUUUCAAUGAA